AUGGCGUACCCAGUCGACCCAGGCAGGACUGUCACCUGGGCCAAGCACCCCGAAUGGGAGCAGGAGCUCGUCAGCAUCAUCGCCGCCCUCCCUCGCGACGACCAGAUCAUCGUCUUCGCGCCCGCCACGCACAGAAGCGCCCAGUGGAGGAGGGACAAACAAGAUCUACUGCAGGCAAUCACGGCCGACCUGUUCGACGCGCAUGGAGACCCCGACAAGGCGGCGAAGCAGGUCGCGAGUGUCCAGCGGAAACUCUCACAGCUUGCCAAGUGGUACUCUGGGCUUAUCCGUGAACUCGUCAACAACCCCGAAGAACGAGCGGCGCUUCUCGCCUUUCUUGGCUCGAAGUGCCCGACAUGGAUUCUUCUGCGGCCUGUCCUGCGCGACCACCCCGACUUCCAGUACUGGGACGAGAAUGCGACUCCUCCGGCUCCGCAAGCUGCGAACGACGAAGCGGCAGACCCUUACGACCCGAUGCAAGACGUCCGCUACCACGAUGCUGCCCAGCCAGCCCCCGCUCCCGCCGCACAACCAGCCCAACCCGUCGCCGGUCCAGCAUACCCAAACCCCGCUCUCGCACAUCUCUACGCCCCGAACCAGCUACCAAACCACGCCAACAACCAGCCCGCGACGCCCGUUGCUGCAGGACAGAAACGAGCGCGACGCGAUUCGGCUGAUGCGACGGAGGGAGAGGCGAGGGACGCGAGGCAGGCUGCGGCCGCGGCGGCGCUGAGAAGGGCUGAUCCGCUGGCGGCAGAGUUAUUCCCGACUCCGCCUGUCAAUCGGGCCCGGGGUAUCGCUCUGACUCCUCGAGCCCCGGCACCGCCCGCCGCUGCUCCCGCCCCUCCAGCUCCCGCUCCGCCUCCUCCAGCCCAACCCCCCGCUCAACCCGCUCCUCCUCCAGCCGCCCAACUCGCCCCCCUCGCCCGCGAAGACUCCCAACUCUUCGCCUCCUGCCCAAAAUGCGCCUUUCCGCUCCUCGACCUCUCCCCCUCCGAAGCCGAGACGCACCUCCGUUCUUGCCUCGACUCGAGCGGAGCGACGGUUACUGAGUGUCCGGUUUGUGGGAUGCUCAUGGACGGGUUCACCGAGGGAGAGGUGGAGAAGCAUGUGGAUGAUUGUUGUAAGGGUGUUGGAGGGUCGGGAUCGAAGGCUGCGAGGGAACACGUCGUCUUCAUCGCCGACUCCAAGACGGUCCCGAAGGACGAGAACACGGGCGCAGCACUCGAAUGCAUCAUGUGCUUCGACGAGUUCGAGCCGUCGCAGCGCCUCGCCCGCCUGUCGUGCUACUGCUGCUACCACGAAGCUUGCAUUGUCGAGUAUUGGCAGAACCCAAGCAAGUUCUGCCCCACACACAGGGAGCUCGACACGACGCAAGAGAUCGAGAUGAGGAGUUGA